AUGUACAAGGAGAACGUAGAAGUUGGAAAGAAAAAGACGAAUGUGAUGCUUGGUGGCAAUGGCAUGCAUUCCACUAUCAUUACUUGUAGUUUUAAUGUUGUUGAUGGCUAUGCAACAUUCAAGUCUGCAACAGUAGCUAGGCCACAGAAACAUCAAGCCGUGGCACUCCGCGUCGGAGCCGAUCAAUCCGUCAUCAACCGAUGCCGCAUUGAUGCCUACCAAGACACCCUCUAUGCCCACAGCCUUCGGCAAUUCUACAGAGAUUGCUAUAUUACCGGCACAGUAGACUUCUGUGGUGCUCAAAACUGCAAGCUUGUACCACGAAAGCCCAUGAGCGGACAAAAUAACAUGGUAACAGCCCAGGAAGAACUGACCCAAACCAAAACGCAUGGGAUUUCAAUCCAAAAAUGUGACAUUAUAGCAAGUUCUGAUCUUCAGCCUUUUAAGGGCUCAUUCAAAUCAUACCUGGGCCGACCAUGGAAGGAGUCUUCUAGGACUGCUGUAAUGCAGUCCAACAAUGGUGAAUACAGCUGGGUGGUCAGUGUGGGAAGGGGAGUUUCCAUCAAAGACUUUGUAUUACGGUGA